AUGAACAAACUCUCCACCCACAACUCAUUCUUGUUUUUCCUUCUACUCCUAAUAACAGUACUGUCUUACCCGACCAAUGGCUCGAAAAUCGAAACCAUUGCUAAUCACAAUUCCGAACUCACUAAUCUCCCGUUCGUCAUCAUAGUUACCGAAGACAUCAUCCGCAGAAUUUGCUACCAAACAAGUGACUUUGACCUCUGCCACCACAUCCUGAUCGAGUUCGAGGGCCAAACCCUCUACCCCAAGCCCCUGGCCCACGUGUUGUCGACCGAGAAGGAACACGUCAAGUCGACCCUAAAGAAGACCUUGUGGGCCCAAGACACCAUGCAGGACCCACGCACGUCUAAUUUGGCCUUGAGGCAGACAUACGACAAGUGCCUGGCUGACUACACGGAGGCCAUGGACAUGCUGACCAGAGCCGAAAAGAGUGCGGAAAUUUCCAGGCACUGA